GCUUCAUAGCAGAAAUAUCAACGAAUACCCUCCUAAAAAAAUCCAUCGUCUAACCUCUGGUUUGCUCCGCCAGAUAUAUGAUUUGGUAGCUUCUGAAUAAUUAUUUACAAACACCAAAAAAGAAGCCUUAAUUGCUUCUCUAUCUUGAUGAAUGAAAAACCCUUAUUACAGAAAUAUAAAUUGUGCAUUUUGUUAUGCCUACACAAACAAAAUACUAAGAUUCACAUUUUUACUCAUGGUUUAAGAUGUUUGUUGAUGUUAUGGCAUGAGGACACUCAAAUUUCUUUAAGAUACAAAAUUCAACGAAUUUUAACAAAAAGUUUUAGUAAAAUGAAAUUUACCAAUUCAGGUUUGACAGACAAGACCUCGGUUUGGCUACCAACGGAAAUAGAAGGUCUGUGAGAGAAGCUGCUGAAAUGGCGAAAGGCGAAGAAGUUGAAAAUGGGAGUGAUAGGCACAGCUUGUUAUUAGAGCUACCACUUGGGAAGGCAUCCAAGACUUUCAAUCUGGAGAAGACAGUUUGCAGCCAUGGAUUCUUCAUGAUGGCACCCAACCAUUGGGACCCAAUUUCCAAGACCCUCCUACGCCCUCUGCGUCUCACUCUCCUCCAUUGUUCUUCUUCCCCAUCGGUGAUGGUCCGCAUCUCCCAUCCCUCUCAUAGUCCCCACUGCCUUCACCUCCUUGUCUACCACACCGCCAUUGGCAUUGCCUCUCUUUCGUCUGAAAAUGAGCAAGCUUUGCUGACUCAGGUUUCGAGAAUGUUGCGGUUGUCAGAAUCGGACGAGAGGGUUUCUUCAGAGUUCCGCAAGGUUUACGACCCAACAGAGUCUUCCAGCAGUUUCGUUUGUGGUAAGGUGUUCAGGUCACCUUCUUUGUUUGAGGACAUGGUGAAGUGCAUUCUGCUCUGCAACUGCCAGUGGCCCAGGACUCUCUCGAUGGCUCAAGCACUUUGCGACUUUCAGAUAGAACUGCAACCGCAGUCUCUUUCUGCCAUGACUGCAGAUUUCAUUCCCACAACACCAGCAAAGAAAGAGUCCAAGAAGAAUCUUGAACAAUCCGAGGUUUCUGCAUGUUUAACUGCCCAGUUUGCUUCAGAGAUCAAUGGGUCAUUUGAAGAAGAAGUAGUAUGUAAAUCGGAUUCUCAUUUGCUUUCUGAUAGGAUUGGAAAUUUCCCCAGCCCAUCAGAACUUGCAAACCUUGAUGAGAAUUUCUUGGCCAAGCGAUGUAAACUCGGGUAUAGAGCAAGCCGAAUACUGAAGCUUGCUCAAGAUAUUGUGAAGGGUAGAAUUCAGCUAGGACAACUUGAGGAAACUAGCAUGGAAAGAAGCUUAUCCAACUAUGAUAAGUUGGCUGAUCAGCUGAAACAAAUUCAUGGGUUUGGUCCAUUUACAUGCGCCAAUGUGCUCAUGUGUAUGGGAUUUUACCAUGUCAUUCCAGUGGACUCUGAAACCAUCAGGCAUUUGAAACAGGUCCAUGCUGGAAAGUUUACGAUUAAAUCAGUUGGACAAGAUGUUCAAAAAAUCUACGCAAAGUACGAACCUUAUCAAUUCUUGGCAUAUUGGUCAGAAGUGUGGGAUUUCUAUGGAAAGUGGUUUGGGAAGCUUAGUGAAAUGCCUUGCUCUGAUUAUAAGCUUAUAACUGCUAGUAACAUGAGGAGAAAAACUAAAAGGAAGAAGACAGACUGAUGCAAGGAAACAUAGCAUGAAUCUGAAUGGAAUAAUCAAACCAAACAUGAGGAGAAAAACUAAAAGGAAGAAGACAGACUGAUGCAAGGAAACAUAGCAUGAAUCUGAAUGGAAUAAUCAAACCAAACAUUGCUAAUUAUUUUCUGUACAGUGCUUCACUUGAUGUCAUGUGCUUUAUAGGAUUGCUGACAAUUCCAUGCCUCAAAUUGUAUAAACAGGAUUACUUUUGUUAGAUCUUUCUGAACAACGUAUUUUGAUAUUGAACCAGUUUAAAUUAUUGUAAUUGUAAAAUUUGUAUGCACCCUAUGAGAUUAGAAGAGCA